UGAGCGCCAGCGCCAAAUGUCUUCUCGUCUUUUCGCGGGUAAGUCAGCGUCAGUCAAAGCCCACUGCGCUCUAUUUCCUUCACUUUCCACUUCCACCGCCACCGCUACCGGCCUCCACCGCGCCGCGUCGUGCGACCGUGUUUUGUUUCGCGAAAACGGCCCACCAAGAUCGCGCGCGCCAAAUUCGAAAUCACGCUCUGCAUUUGUUUACACUCAACGACGCGGCAACGUCAAUUCUCAUAGCUUGCUUGAUAAUAUAUCUAAUGAGAUAUACGAUUUCCUAGGGGCUCUUAUCUAGUUGUGUUUCCGCGAGUGACACUCUAGUCCCGCUGUGUUUCUCGCUAUGAAAUAAAAUGUUAAACUGGCGAAACAUUAGUCCGCUAUGAUUCCUGCUCUGACAGGCAGUUUUUUUCUUGACCAUGUAUUUGUGAAUAUGGAAGUGAAAUAAGGGAGUGGUGAUAGUGCAAUAGUAGCAACAUGAUUUCCAGCGAAGUGAACAAUAAAGAUAAUAAGGAGUUGAUUCCUUGGCAAGGACUUGCUUUGACGUGUGUGAGGAUUCUCCAGCUGUAUUGCCGAGUUUUUGAUGAAGAUCUCCAUGAUCUUCUGUGUAUAAAAGAAAAGACGUGCAAAAACUGCAAAUGCUCCAGAGAUGUACACGAAGUCGUAGCAGAACAUGGGGCUCGGGCAAGGUUGGGCUUUGUCCAAAAUCACGAUGGCCUGGAUGCCCGAACUUUGGGCUAUACAUUUGUGCCUCCAGGACUCUCGUCCGCACGACAGGUGGACCAAUACUAUUCCACACUGCCUUCAGAAGAUGUGCCUAAGCUAGGUUCACGAGGUGAAACCGUCCGUUCCCAAAGGAUAGUCAGACAAUUACCGAAACAAGAUCUCUCCCUCACCGCAUGCAAGUUCGUGGAGCCCCAAUACGAGUCCAGUUACAGAGACUUCGUGUCGGGUCGCAACCAGGUGGCGCUAGACGUCGCCGUGGCGAAACCGACGCCCCCUGGCAGCUUCUGCAUUAGAUGUUUGCAGCCCGUGCACGCGCAGCAAAUCAGCGUUACGGCGCCUAGGAUGGGGAAAGAUGUGUGGCAUCCUGCUUGCUUUAAGUGCACAACCUGUGAUGAUCUGCUGGUGGACCUUGCCUACUGUGUAUACGAUGACAAUAUUUAUUGUGAAAGACAUUACGCUGAAAAAAUGAAGCCAAGGUGUGCUGGUUGCGACGAGGUAAGUGCGACUACUAUACAUAUGCUAGCUGACCAUAAUAAUACACACAUGAAAUUACUAGUUAUAGAUCAGGAGUAAUAGAUAGCUGUCGCGCAAAUAUCCAUGUGAUUUUAAUAAAAAAAGAAAAAAAAAACAUCUAAUCUAGGAAAUUUCGAUACAUCAGGUAAGAUCUUUCCUGUUGAGAUUUUAUUUCCUUUCGUUGUAAUGUUUUUAGGUACUGUUGCGUCUUGUAGAACUUCGAAUUUCGAUGUUUUUCUCACUUGAAACUUAAAGAUAGAUAGAUAGAUUAUUUUAACUGAAAAAAAGUGUGGAUGAAUCACGCUUGUCUAGCACAUUAUUUCCCAAAACAUGUAUGAGAGGCGCUUGCCUGCGGUGUUACCGGAUUGGGCUCCGCAUUUAGGGAAAAAUAUGAGAAGUGGAAAAUUUAUAAUACAUAUAUUAAUUAAUGAAACACAAAAACGAAAAACCGAAACAAACAACAGUAGCAAAAUAAAAAGCGAU